CGCGAACAGUCGACUCUCGGUCCGUGCGUGCGUGUAGGUAGAUCGAUAAACACACGUGAAAAUCCCGUCGGUCCUCUUUCGCGCCCGAUGCUAUAUCGCGCGAGACAGUUUGCUAAGUCGAGAUUGGUACGCGCGCGCGGAAGCUCGCGAAACUCGCCUGCUCCUUGCCAAUUCGAAGCUCGUAGUACACGGUACGAAGAGAAGGCGAGAAGUCCACGCGUGUUCGUAUCACGCGGAACGCCGCGCCGGCUCGAGUUAAGCUCGUGAUCGAGAUCGAAUCGUCAAAGGAAUUCCCUGUUCGCGAUUUCGUAGAAUGAUCGCGAGGCUUUGAGGUCAAGCAGGAUAACGGUUAGGAAGGUAGAGUGCAAGUAAACUCACGGUGAACGAGGAAAGCCGAAGCGGAAGGAUCUGCACGGGGUCACGGAGAAAGAUGUGGCGAUUAAGGUUUUGGACGUACCUUCUGCUGAUAGCGUUAUCGCUAGCACCGGUGCAGAGGGUUAUGGCGUGUUCUUGCAUGAGAAGUCACCCCCAGACUCAGUUUUGCAAUUCAGAUUUCGUUGCCUUGGUACGAGUGAAGAAGGAGAUACCUAUGAACGAGCACGAAAUCGGCUACAACGUGAAAACCAGUAAAAUCUUCAAGGUAAACAGCUCGAAAUCGUAUUACGCCCUUAAGAAAAAUGUCCUAUGGACCUCAUCCUCGGACGGUAUGUGCGGAGUGCGUCUUAAAAUCGGAGAAACUUAUGUUGUGAGUGGAACUACGAUUGGCGAUCGAGCUCGUAUAUCGAUCUGUGGAUUAUCGCUUCAAUGGCGAACUGUGCCUAGCAGGCAACGGAAAGCUUUCAAACAAUUAUAUCGUCACGGUUGCAACUGCAGUAUCCAUUAUACACCAUGGUGGACGAAGGGAGCGGUUCUGGAGAACGUGGGAGGAAAAGAGUGUCUAUGGGAAAGUAAACCAGGCCCUGAAGAUUGUCAAAGUGAUUACGGCAUAUGCAUGGUUGCUGAAGGCACAUGUUCGUGGGUUAAUUCCGUGCCUUACAAGAACUGCAUCAAAGAGUAUCAACAGAAACGGGAGCAGCAACGAGCACGAGAACCUUAAAGAAAAAUUUCUGCUCCGACCCACGCGAGAGUUCUACGAUCAAACGAAAAGUCGAUCAUGUUGGCGAGAAAUCGGCAUUGGCCAACACCAGCACGCUUUGCUAAAGUUUGCGAUCAUCGUUCUCUUGCGUGAAAAGCGUUUGCGGAACGUAAACUAUCGCGGUAAGGCAUCGAAAAAUUAAUGCUCUUUUACGACAACUUUCCAAGGAGAAGCAUUAAUUUCUUGACUGCGUAACCGUCUAUUUAUUGCCGCGUUUUCCAGCGAAAGUAUUAAUUGGUCGGUCGUGCCGGCGAGUACAAAAGUGGUUCAUUAAAGAAACACGAAGCAGCGAAUCGAACUGCUCCGACUGUUGUUAAAAGUAUAAUAUAAUCCAACGAACUCUUGAAACUGCUUGCAUUACCAUAAUAAGUUAUUUCGAGAUCUGUAGCAUUGCGUUUGUGUCGUCGAAUCUUUCGCGUUCAAUUAACCUACCCUUUCUUACUAUUCAUCCCUCAAAUGGUCUUCCUUCCAUACUCGAAUCAAAAUCGAGGAUAUCGAGCGAACCUUAUUCAAUGUUUAAUUUAUUCGCGUUAUGAAGAUAGCUCGCGAUAGAGUUCAGUCUACAUUGAUUCCGGAUUGUUACUCGUUCGACGAGAAUCGGACGAGAAGCGGUUAGCCUCGCUCGAUUUUUAAUGAAAUCAUUCGACGAGCUCGAGCGCAAAAAUAAAUCGACUGAAUGCAGCGAGCGUAUUCGAUACCGAUUGGCCAUCCCCUUAGUUGUACAUAUUAGGCUAUUCAUGUAUAUUAUGGAUUUUUAAAUUAUUUUCAUGUUUAUUUUGUAGUCUCGUCUCGUCUAUGCGUUAGAAACUGCGCGAAGGAUAUUUGAUUUUUAGUCUAGGAAUUAUCGAAACAAGGUAACGUUGAAUGUAUUUCAAUUAUGAAAAUUAUUGACAAGGAAUAAAAAUUUUUCAUUUGGAACCCUAAAUAAUAUUUAGAAUUUUUUCAUUUGAAAUUUAUGGUGCCUUUCACUAAUGGUCAUCGCGACAUUCAACGUGUUAACAUUGUUUCAUUUUGAAAACGAAAAAGAAACGAAACCCUCGAUUCGGGUAGAACUUUAGUACAAAACAUUGGAAAUGUAUUGUUCGACGCGUACGAGUUGGCAUUUCUUAUCACGAUAACCUGUAUAGCACGAGACGAUGUAUGUUUAGUUGAUAGUUCUUCCAUUUGAUAACUUUUGUAAGUAUUGCAAUACUUAAGCGAUGGGAAAUAAACGAGAAACGCAUAGUCGUUCGUUCUGUAAGCA